AUGGCUCUAAACGAUCAAAAUAUCCUCCAACAAUCUGGUAUGGGUGCUAACACCUACCCUGGCAUUGCCAACCCGACGCCCUCAUCGGGUGCCGUUGACCCUACUGCGUCCAACUUUGUAAACGACCCAACCACUGCCACGCGUGGUGCUGGAGCAGGCCUCAAUUUCGAAGGCCAUAAGAACGCAAAGCAAAAUCUGAGAGACGCAGCUGGUGUUGUCGAAGCUCGACCAGGCAUCAUCGAGACAACCAACAUCGACCCUUUGAAUGAAAAUUCCAAUAAAGACGAUGGAUGGGCGAAUGCAACGACCAAAACCGCAAAUACUAGUCAUAAAGAUGAAGAACCGGGUGUCGUUACAAAGAUAGUGAACACUGUAUUGGGAAAGUAA